UCUGCCCCUCCCGCCGCGUUCUUACUUGGAGGAGUUGUGUUCGCAAUCAUAUCCCUCCUAGUCUAUUCCGCGAUCCACCGAACAAGACAGAGGCUCCUCUUCCUCCUGAAUUCGGGGUGAGUAGCGUAUAACAUCAUCUAUAAUGUCUGGCACAGAGGAUCUCAAACUGCAAGGGGUAGAAGGAACCAUCACUGAUGAGGCUGAGAAAUCCAUGCCAUCGUCUCAGGAGGAGGAGGCAGCUGUAAACAAAAAGUACGGAGGAAUCAAGCCAAAGAGGCCACCGCUGAUUUCCAAGGACCAUGAGCGAGCUUACUUUGAUUCUGCAGACUGGGCUCUUGGAAAGCAAGGAGCUGAGAAACCAAAAGGACCGCUAGAAGCGCUUCGCCCAAAGUUACAGCCAACGCGGCAACAAACUCGGUACCGGAAAUCUCCAUGUGCUCCAUCUGAGGGCGGAGAAGACGGAGGAGCUGCUUAGCUAUACUAUACACCGAGCUGAGGUCCUGUUGAUGAUAUUUCAGAGAUCCUUAUGUUACGACGAUGUUGACAAUUAAACAGUUUGGUAAAUUGGAAUAUAUCUCUGCCCAUUCCUAUUUAGUUGCGGAGAAAGAUUCUGAAGUUGUAAGAUUCCACCUCCAACAGAGGUUUCAAUGGUUUGGUUGGUGGUGGUAAGAAUUUUUUUUAUAACCCGCAAGUCCACCCCUGGAAUGGAUAUUCGAGGA